CCUUUCGUACUGUGAAGAGGAGCGGGCGGAUUUCGCCCGGUCGCUUCGCGCUUUGGCCUGCGGAUGGCGCCGGAGGAGCGUCGAAGGGGAGCAGACGAGGAGGAGGAGGAGGAGGGCGACGAUGAAGACGAUCGAACGGAUUAGACGCUUUGCGGUCUUGUGCUGAGCCGAAAACGCGAGCAAAUGGCCUUCAAGAGCAAAGCGCUCGACUCCAAGCUCAUAAAGAAUUUGGCCGUUAAAGGAGCUCUCAACGCGCUUGAGGGUUCAACGCUGAGGCUUUUUCUGAGCUGACGAAGCGGCGCCAGGCCGCUAAUUGCCCGCGGACGGUUUUCUUCAACCUGCUGCUGUGCCUGCUCGUCUUCUACGCCCUGUUUUACAUGAUCGGGAGCGUUUGUUUCGGUGCCUUCAGGUUAGACGACUUUGACGGACGGAUCCCCUUUGACUUCAAGACCAAGCCGGAGGACUCGGCGUCCAAGUACUUGGUCAACCUGCUGUCCUUGGAGCUGACCUACUUCUGCAGCGGCUUGCUGUUUGCCGCCGUGGUCAAGAGGCGAGUGUGGGACUACGCGCUCACCGUCACUUGCCUGCACGUCUUCAUCAGCAGCCUCGGUGAGCGGAGUCAGUCGUCUUUGGGUGCGAAGCGCGUCGCCCUCACGCUGUUUAUGUUUCGCGCCGCAGUGAUGCUGGAGUUUCCGCUGGCCUGGCGGUGGUGGUUGGCCUUAGGUAGUGGCUUGGUUCUGAUGGUGUGCAACGGUCAGCUGAUCGCUUACUUGGCCUGCCAGGAUGACCAAAGCUACGUUACCUUCACCGUCUACUAAGUGAAGCGUUUGCCGACGCAAAAGCGUUCCCUUGGUUCGACAGCGCCGUGCAAAAGUUUUGGACCGCCGUUUGCAUUUCUCGUUUUAGCAGUCCAACGGACCCUCGCAUACGCACACUUGUUUCUUUGUUCUUUUUUAGGAGACAAACCGUUGAAAAUAGUGCGACCGUUGACCCCCGACCAGAUGACGACCAGCUCUUACCGCGCUAAUCGCCAAAGGUCCGCCGGGUUGGGCUCCGGCUCACCCUCGACCCAAACGGAGGUAAACGCUCCAAAACGGCAUCCGGCAAAUUCGUCACGUUUCUCCCGCUCGUCGGCAGUUUUACGGUUUCUGCCUUACUUUGACGUCACCGAUAACGCUUGGACGCACCACGAGGAGAUGUUUCUGGAUUUCUACUGUACGGAAAUUCUUUUGACACUUUGGGAAGUUGUGAACGUAAUAACGGGAUGGCAAAGUUGUUUUUUUAUGUUGGAAGAAUUAAAUGUGGCAUAACUACUGGUACAUUUUCUGAUUUUUUUUUUUUUUUUUGCCUUGGCAUACUGCUAAAAUGAGCAUUUCAAAUAUUAUUGAAUUGAAGAUUUUCAGCUUUAUUUCAGAGGUUUCCCAACAAUAAGAUAUAUUAUCAUUUAGAAAUUACAGCCAUAUGUCAAAGGAACUUGGCCAGACCGCUAAUUGCACUGACUUUUAUUUUUUUCCGAUUCAUGAAUUUCUUAAAUUUGGACCCCCACACAUUUGUGAACAAGUGGGGAUAUAUGGCCACUUAGCAUAUUAGCAUAUUUGUGGUUUGUUCCCCACA